AAACGCCUCUCAGCUGAAGCAGCUGCAGGAACAGAUUCUGUUGGAGCAGCAAGAGGCAGCCGUCUGGCAGCAGCAGCAAAACCAGGAAGUCCCGCCCCUGCCACAGCAACCCCUACAGGAUUCACCUGCACCUCCUCCACCCUCCCCACCUCUCCCCCCUCCUCCCUCCUUCCAGGAGCUGGAGAGCAGCGCCACCAUGCAGGCCAGCACCUUCAACUACGCCCGGCCCAAGCAGUUCAUCGCCGCCCAGAGCCCCGGGAGUAGCGGCGGCGGCGGCGGCGGCGGCGGCAGUGGAGGCGUGAGCUACGUCACCCAGUCAUCCGGCUCCACCCUCUCCUCCCCACUGUCUCCGCCCACCUCACACAAGCCCUUCACCAAAGUCACGCUGCCUCCGUUCACUAAAGCGGGCAGCGUGGAGUCUCCGAGCUCGCCGUCCUUCCCGCCUCCACCUCCGCCCUUCCUCAGCUCCAGUAACCUGCCCUCGCCGUCAGGCCCUGCCCAGGACUUCCCUCUCCCCCCACCCCCUCCUCCUCCUCCGCCACCACCACCCAUCUCCAUGUCUCCAGCUCACUCGGACAUGUCCUCUCCUUUCUCCUCCGUCCCUCCGUCUCCAGCCUCCAGCUUCCUGUCAUCGGUGUUGCCGUCCACGCCGUCCACGCCCAGCAGCCCUACGGUCAACGCUCUGGGCCUCCCCAAAGGCAACGGCACUGUCAAAGUUUUCCCCAGAAAGUCGUCGGUCACUAAGACGCCGCGCGUCACCACUGACUCAGACAUCCAGGGGUCAAAGGACGCUGUCAUCCAGGACCUGGAGAGGAAGCUGCGCUUUAAAGAGGAGCGCAUGAGCAACGGUCAACAGAGAUUAACCUAUGAGGAGAAGAUGGCGCGCAGGCUGCUCGGCGCCGACAACGCCGCCACUGUCUUAAACACACAGGACACAGAGGAGGAGCCUGUCACACAGGUACGGUGGCUCGUGAGGAUCCAAACACGCACUCACUUCACACGUGUGUUUUCACACGCAUGUGCACGACACACACACACACACUUUUUUGUUGCGUCCAGAACACUUAACGAUACGGAGAUAUUUAGAUUUAUUUUAGAGAAAAUGUUUAAAUCAAAGGAACCACAACAAAGCACAAAAAUUAAAAACGGAUUUUCUCUGUGGACUUUGGUGUGGGAGAGUGAGUCUGUGUAACGGUGAGAUAAAGACUGUAUAGAUUUUCACCGUUGAUACUGUGCUCAUGCUCCACACGCACGCACACACACACACACACACACACAAACAAACCCCGCCCUGUGUCUCUGUAAAUACAGAUGAACAGGAGUUCUCCAGAGACUUCCAUAAAAAGAUGUGUUUAUAGAAACAAACCAGCAUCAGGGAGUGACUGUUUGUAUCUGAGCAUGAACACAACGACACAGUGUCGCCGUUUAUUUAAAGAGAAAACACACUUUUACAUUCACAGCCUGUGUUAACUGUCAUUGAUACUAUAAACCACCAGGGGGGGUAGUUUCACUCACACACUCACUGUAGCAUGAGGCAUGUUCACAUCAGUGUGACGUCAGAAGCAAGAGAUGUGAUUGGAUUGGUUAAGGUUAACCCUGGUUGUGAUUGGAUGGGUCAAGGUUAACUGUUUUUUGUGAUUGGAUUGGUUAAGGUUAACUCUUGGUUGUGGUUGGAUGGGUCAAGGUUAGCUCUUUUUGUGAUUG